AUGUUAGUUCUGAAGCUCCGGAAAAAGGGUAUACUUCUCACUCUACAGAUGGAGAGGCUCCCGAAGAUCAUUAUUCAAAUGGGUCCGACGGCAAGCCAGCUCACAAUGACCGGAACAAGGACAGUGGUGGGGUGGAGCACAGGCGGAAGAAUAGUGGUUGUUUGGGACCCGUCGGUUUCAGUUUUUGUGUAUAGCUCAUCCGCUCAGGCAGUAACUUGCGGAAUUUUCAUUAUGGCGGAGAAUGUUCACUUCACCGUCACCUUUGUUUACGGGUUCAACGAGGUGGAAGCCCGAAAAUCUCUGUGGAAUGAACUCUCCCUCAUGAACAGAACAACACCAGUCUCUUAUUCUCCUUGGUCGGUUGUAGGUGACUUCAACCAAAUUAUCAGGGUUAGUAAUCAUUCAGACUACCCCAAUUCUGUUAUCGAUAUCAGUGGGAUGGAAGACAUGAACAUGGCUCUCCAAGAUGCAGAGCUACUCGAAGCCCAAGCAAAGGGCUCUCCUUUUACAUGGUGGAAUAAUCAGAUUGACAAUCCCAUCUCGAAGAAGAUAGAUCACGCCUUCAUUAAUCAAGACUGGGUCUCAAAGUUUCAUGAUUCGUACGCUGAGUUUCUCGAGCCGGACCAGUCUGAUCAUGCUCCUUCCGAAUUCCGAGUCUCAACAGACAAUCUCACAAGCCGUUCAAGAUCAAACCAAUAUAAGCUGGUCCGCUCACUGAAAUGCUUGAAAGGAGAUCUGCGGCGUCUUAACAAGACACACUACAGCGGUAUCUCCCAGCGGGUAAAGGAGCAGUCCAGGGUAGUGGAGGGGUUACAGCGCACUCUGCUAACAACACCGGACAGUAACACAGCAGAGGAAGAGCACAGAGAGCGUGCAAAGCUGAACUUGCUUCUUACGGCUGAGCAGAAGUUCUAUAGACAGCGAUCACGAGUGCGAUGGGCUGACGUGGGUGAUAGAAACACGCCAUUCUUUCACAAAAUGGUUGCCCAACGUGUUACUCGAAAUCACAUACACUUCCUCAAGGAUGACAACGAUCAGUUUAUUGGAACGGCGGAAGGUAUUAAAGCUCACUCGGCAGCUUACUUUCAACGGAUAUUGGGUAGUACGGAUAUGCCUACAUCCCCGGUCACUGUUGAUGAGCUACAAGGGCUGUUGGAUUUCAGAUGCUCCGACCUACAGCAGCGUUACUUGAGCAGAGAAGUCACGGCGGCUGAGAUAAGAGCAACGGUUUUCUCAAUGCCGCUUAACAAGAGUUCCGGCCCUGAUGGUUACUGUGUUGAGUUUCUCCGGGCUUCUUGGGACACGGUGGGUCAGGACGUUGUCAAUGCUGUCACUGAAUUCUUCAGGAAUGGUCGCCUCCUAAAGGACCUGAAUACAACAGCCAUCACCUUGAUUCCUAAAACCCCUGAAGCGUGCAUGCUUGGAGAAUAUAGACCGAUAAGUUGCUGCAACAUAGUCUACAAGACAUCUUUCCUUAAGGGCAGAAGCUUGGGAGAUAAUGUUCUACUAGCGACCGAACUGAUUCAGUCAUACAAUUCAGCAAACUACCAGCAUAGUUGCACCGUUAAAGUAGACAUACGCAAGGCAUUCGACACAGUUUGCUGGAAUUUUGUCAUCAAGCUCCUGCAAGCGCAAUCAUUUCCACCGAUUUUUAUCACUUGGAUCAGAGAAUGCAUGACUUCUCCAAGGUUUUCGGUCUCAAUAAAUGGCGAACUGGCAGGGUUCUUCGCGGGGAAAAAAGGCCUUCGUCAAGGUGAUUCUAUCUCUCCAUACCUUUUUAUCAUGAUCAUGGAAGUGCUCUCCAAAUUAUUCGAGAAAUUGGUGGACGACGAGGGUAUGAGACUGCACCCUUUAUGUGCUAACCCAAGAGUGACUCAUCUACUGUUUGCGGAUGACCUACUUGUCUUCUCUGAUGGUUCCUGUCAUUCUAUCUUUGGAAUUAAAGGAGUGAUGAGGAUGUUUAAAUGCUGGACUGGUCUUGAUAUUAAUCCAGCGAAGUCUGAGAUUUUUCUUGGAGGUUAUGCUGACAUUGAAGCUGCUGUUUUGAGUGAUCUCUCAGGAUUCAAGCGGGGGUCUUUUCCCACUAGGUACCUCGGCCUCCCCUUGAACCCUUCUCGCUUAAACUCUGAGUCGCUUCAACCGUUCCUGGAGAGAAUCACCAAUAAGCUACACUCCUGGACAGUGAAGUGUCUAUCUUUUGCUGGUAAGAUAAGAAUGGUGACUUCGGUCAUAUAUGGGAUGGUUAAUUUUUGGAGUUCUGUUUUCACGCUGCCUAAACGGUUUUAUGCUAAGGUGGACUCUCUCUGCUCUGCUUUCCUUUGGAACAAUAAAACCACUUCGGCUACAGGGGCCAGAGUAUCAUGGGAGAGUAUCUGUCAACCUAAACAAGAAGGGGGGCUGGGUAUCAGGAAGCUGGAAGAUUACCAGUCUGUGUUUCAGUUGAAGCGAGUCUGGAAUUAUUUUUCCUCACCAGAGUCUCCGUGGAGCCGUUAUCUCUCCAAUAAUGUCUUCAACCGCAAUUCUUACUGGACUAUGGAAACCACAGCGCGGGUGUCUGCAACGGUCAGAAAUAUGAUCUCUAUUAAACCUACGGUUGAAUACUUUCUCAGAUGUGCAAUAGGAGAUGGCAGGUCAGCAUCUUUUUGGUUUGACUGGUGGACUGAUAUGGGGCCUUUGAUCUCUGCAAUUGGUCCUACAGGUCCAAGAGAUCUUCGUCUUCCUCUAUCCUCUACGGUUUCUGAGGCAACAAAUGCUGGAAAUUGGCUACUUCCAGCAGCUAGAUCAGAUGAAGUUGAGACCUUACAGAUAGUUCUCUCAACAAUGCCUGCACCAUCUCCUUCAAGAGGUAAAGACUGUUAUCUGUGGCGCAGUGGUAACAGCAGCUAUGAUAAAAAAUUCUCAACUAAGAGGACCUGGGAACAGAUUCGUGUGCCUGUUGAGCCUGUUUCUUGGGUUAACUUGGUCUGGUUUAAAGAGGAAAUUCCAAGAUGUUCUUUUUUCACUUGGCUAUCGGUGUUACAGCGACUCCCUACUAGAGAUCGUUUGGCUUCUUGGGGGAUGAACGUCCCCACACACUGCAUGCUCUGCUCAUCAGCGGAAGAAAUCCAUGCUCACCUGUUCUUUCGAUGCUCAUAUGCUUCCUCUGUUUGGUCGCAUUUCUGUGUUGGGAGGUUUCUAUCGGCUCCUCCGGACUCAAUUAUAGAGUGUUCAACAGUUCUAAGAGACCACCUGUUUAGUUCUGUACCUAGAGCUGGUCCGGUGCUCAAGCUGAUCUUGCAGGUAGUCAUCUAUUGCUUAUGGAGAGAACGUAAUGCUCACAUCUUCACCGCCACUUUUUCCCCUGCUUCGGUGCUCGCCUCCAAAAUUGAUCGCAUGGUUAGGGACAGACUGCUCUCUAUUCCAUCUCCAUCUUCUUCUCAACCAUCGCUGCUGCUGCUUUAUUUAUCUUUCCUGUAUGAUGUAUCUUAA